UCCCUGCCAGUCUGACCAGUACACUCCUUGGGGCAGCAGAGUGGUGGAGGCAGCACUGCUGGUGGAGGCUGGAGAAACCUCCACAGAGGGUGAAAGCCAGAGUCGGCCAGAAACAAGAGACAAGAAGACAGAGGAGAGGUCCUUGGAACAAAGGAAGUGACAGCCAAGACAAGACAUGGAAGCUGUACAGCCAGAGGGGCAGGCCUGGGCUAGGAUGUUGUCAUGCAGGCUUUGGCCAGCUGUCAUCAGGGCACUGUUUGCCGAGUUCCUGGCCACGGGGUUGUAUGUGUUCUUUGGUGUGGGCUCAGCGCUGCACUGGCCCUCGGCACUUCCCUCUGUGCUACAGAUUGCCAUCACCUUCAACCUGGCCACAGCCAUGGCCGUGCAGGUCACCUGGAAGGCCAGUGGGGCCCACGCCAACCCUGCUGUGACACUGGCUUUCCUUGUGAGCUCCCACAUCUCUCUGCCCCGUGCUAUGGCCUAUGUGGUUGCCCAGCUGGCCGGGGCCACCGUAGGGGCCGCUCUGCUUUAUGGAGUCACGCCAGGAGACAUCCGAGAAACCAUAGGGAUUAAUGUGGUCCGGAACAGUGUCUCGAUUGGCCAGGCAGUGGCGGUGGAGCUGGUUCUGACCCUGCAGCUGGUGCUAUGUGUCUUUGCUUCCACUGACAGCCGUCAGACAUCAGGUUCCCCAGCUACCAUGAUUGGGAUCUCUGUGGCAUUGGGCCACCUCAUUGGGAUCUACUUCACUGGCUGCUCAAUGAACCCAGCCCGCUCCUUCGGUCCUGCUGUCAUCAUCGGGAAGUUCACAGUACACUGGGUCUUCUGGGUGGGACCCCUGACAGGAGCUGUCCUGGCUUCACUGAUCUACAACUUUAUCCUGUUCCCUGACACCAAGACCCUGGCCCAGCGACUGGCCAUCCUCACAGGCACUGCAGAGGUGGAGAGAGUGGUAGGGGUGGAGCCCCAGAAGAAAGAAUCCCAAUCCAGUUCAGGGGACACGGAAAUGGAGAGUGUGUGAGGUGGCAGAGACUUUGUCACAACCUUGUUUCAGAGAGGAGCCCUGUAGGUGGGCAACGUGCCUUUUAUGAUCUAAUUUGAGGUUUUCCUGGGAAGAGGUGGUGGGAAGGCUUGACACCUUAUCCUAACAGGGUAGGGCAGGGGGUGCCAACCCUCUCCCUGGCAUUACAUUUCUAGAUGGAAAGAAUCCAGGAGCAAAUCUGUCUAGUACACUCCCUCUAAACCAGGCGUCCUGAAACUUUUUAAACAGGGGGCCAAUUCACUGUCCCUCAGACCAUUGGAGGGCCAGACUAUAGUUUAAAAAAUGAAACUAUGAACAAAUUCCUAUGCACACUGCACAUGUCUUAUUUUGAAGUAAAAAAACAAAAUGCGAACAAAUACAAUCACACCGCCUCAUGUGGCCCUCGGGCCACAGUUUGAGGACCCCUGAUCUAGACCUUCUCUCUCUUUUUCCUUUUUCUUUUUUUUUGUGAGACAGCAUCUUACUCUGUUACCCAGGCUAGAGUACCAUGACAUCAGCCUAGCUCACAGCAACCUCAAACUUCUGAGGUUUAAGCAAUCCUCCUGCCUCAGCCUUCCAAGUAGCUGGGACUACAGGCAUUCAUCACAAUGCCUAAUCAAUUUUUCUAUUUUUUGUAAAGACAGGGUCUUGCUCUCACUCAGGCUUGUGAAGUGAUUGACUCAAGCGAUCCUCCCCCUUCAACCUCCCAGAGUGCUAGGAUUACUUACAGGUGUGAGUGCAGUGCCCAGCCUCUCUUCCUAUCUCUUAAUAAGACAGAGAGCAGAGAGAGACAAGGGACUUGAUAAUCUCUCUUCAUUUCCCUCGCCCAGCUAGACCCCAGUGGGAGUCCUGAGCCUCCAGAGCCUUAUGUCUUGGGGGAAAAGGAAAUUAGAGUCCAGAUGGCUACUCUGCUUAGGCACUGAGGGGCCCAGGGACCUUAGGAAACCCUGGAGGAGGAGCUUCCUGGAAUAAUCUGGCCCUGAAACAGCCUCUCAGCUUUUGAGAGGGAUUCUUCCACCCUUGGCUAUAGUUUGGGAGCCAUGGUUCCCCUCUCAGACUAGGGGCUUCCUGAAGACUGAGACUGACCUCCUAAAAGAUCUUCAUUCCUCACUUCUCUACAUACUCAGGAGAGAACCCCACCUUAGGGGAGAACUGACACAGAGAACCUUUUCUCAGGCUGGCAGAGGGUCAGGGUACAGGCAGGAGGUCUUAGCAGGACAGGCCUUUCCCAGGGUAAGCUCUCCCCAGUCGUUUGCCCUGGCUUCCAUCCCACAGCCACAUUCACAGGAACAAUCCUGAGACGGAAGACCCUAACCAUGCCCUCUGUUCAUAACCUGGGUCAAAGAAAGCCAUCUCCUGCUUCCUUCUUAUCAUUACCAGGAUCCCCCCAAAAGCUGUCAAAUAAGUCCUAAGGAUGGUGGGAACCUGAGAAUGACCCAGGAAACUGAGAUUUGAGGUUCAGUUCCUUCAAAGGCCUACCGAACUCCAAAUUGGUUAAGAUUUAAAUACUAUUGUAUAUCUACUCUGCCCAUGACUUGGGGUCCUGUCUGGAUCUCAGAUUCCCUAGCUAUAAAUGGACACAAUCCUCCCCCCAAGAACUGCUGUGAAAACAAGAAGUUGGAAAAUGCUUUUGGUAGUAAAAAUGCUAGAAAAACAACCCCAAUAAAUGAUUAUUGUUGCUGUUACUGUAAUUAUUAGGUUUGAAUACAAUUUCUAUUGGCAAUGGGUGGGAAGAGAGAACCGAGAGGAAGAUGAUUGAGAGGGAGGGAGGAGAGAGUCGUUUUUUUCUCUCAUUUCACUGGAUAUACUUAGCAGGGACCUUCCCUCCUUUUCUCUUGGGUCUGCUGACCUAGGAGCUUUGUGGGUGUGGCGGUCUUGGGGAGGGUCCCUGGAAUUAAGAGACAAGCCAAUAAAAGUCAAUUCUCAUUUCUAUGGCGCUCAUCACCAUGGUAUCCUGAGAUAUAGCAACCAAAUCCAUGUAAAAGAUAGGUCCUUUUUUCAUGAUGUCUCCUAAGG